AUGGCCCCACCAGAAAUCGAUGCCAAAAAGCGUCGCACUCGCAGCGACUACGCCGUUCACCAAGUCUACCGAACCCGAUGGCUCGACAACGACAUGUACGCCCACCUCAACAACACAAUAUACUCCCAACUCUUCGACUCCAUAAUCAACAGCUACCUGAUCACCAACUGCGGCAUGGAUCCAUUCUCUUCUCCAUCCUCCUCUUCCAAAGGCGACACCCUCUCCCAAGUAGCCAUCAUGGUCAACUCCUACUGCGACUACUUCGCGUCUGUGUCCUUCCCAGACGUGCUGGAGCUCGGUCUGCGCGUUAACAAGCUGGGCUCGUCGUCGGUGACGUACGAAGUGGGUGUGUUCAAGGAGGGUGAUCCCGCUGUGAAGGUCGUCGGGGGCUUUACGCAUGUUUUUUGUGCGAGGGAUACGAUGAGGCCUACUGGGACGGGGAUGGAGGAGAGGGCGAGGGUGGAGUUGGGGAAGUUGUUGGUGGGGGGUGGGGGGGCGAAGUUGUGA